CUAUAGGUUCUUUCUUUUCUUGAACAGAAUAGUGAGAAGCUUAAGAGGAUUAUAUUACUAUGGCUGAUCAGAUAGCAACAGGGGCUAAUGGGAAUCAUAGUGUAACUUUGAAUAUUAAAGAAGAUCAUGAUUUGAAUCACAAGGAUUCUUCUUCAAGUUGUAGCUUUCUUACUGUUCCUUUCAUUCAAAAGGUUAUAGCAGAAAUGAUAGGAACAUAUUUCUUGAUAUUUGCGGGCUGUGGAUCAGUGGUGGUAAAUGCAGACAAAGGAAUGGUAACAUUUCCAGGAAUAGCCAUAACUUGGGGACUUGUGGUAAUGGUCAUGAUUUACUCAGUUGGCCACAUUUCUGGUGCUCAUUUUAACCCUUCUGUUACUAUUGCCUUUGCCACAGUUAAAAGGUUCCCUUGGAAACAGGUACCAGCUUAUGUAGCAGCUCAAAUUCUUGGAGCAACCCUAGCAAGUGGAACUUUACGACUAAUAUUUAAUGGAAAACACGAUCAUUUUGCUGGAACUCUACCUACAGGGACUGAAUUUCAAUCUUUCGUAGUUGAAUUCAUAAUCACAUUUUAUCUCAUGUUUGUUAUCUCCGGCGUUGCAACCGAUAACCGAGCUGUAA